UUCAGUUGGUGAUCUUACCUCGAGCAGCACGCAACGGGAGCCGAGUAUCCCCAAACAGUUACUCACAAAAAGAAAACAGAAAAAAUUCAACAUUUGUUUCUCGUUCGAGUGCCUGUUGGUGUUAGUUGCGUGUGUGUGUGUUUGCCUGUGUGUGUGUGCUUGUAAACGCCGUCCACGUCAUCACAAUAUAUAAUACAAAAAAUUAAAAAAUCAAAUUAAAUAAAAAAAAAGGCAAUAUUAUAUAUCAUUUAUAUAUAUAUAUAAUAAAAUAUCAACUGUAAAUAAGUGAACGAAUUCGAAAUAAAAGAGCGCCAAUAUGUCGAAGAAUAACGGAAAAAAUGCCAAAGGCGAUUUCGAAUUCCCUCAACCAGCCAGAAAGCAGACCUUCGCCCAAAUGAUCUACGAUCCAUAUGAUAAGACAUUCUUUGGACGUACGGGAAAAAAUUGGGGUCAAUUAAUGAUCUUCUAUACGGUUUUCUACAUUAUUCUUGCCGCUCUGUUCACCAUUUGUAUGCAGGGACUCUUGAGCUCUAUAGACGAUAAUCAGCCUAAAUGGCAAUUGAAGGAAUCCCUGAUCGGCACCAAUCCCGGUUUAGGUUUUCGUCCGCUGAGCGAACAAACCGAACGCGGUUCGGUCAUUGAGUUUGAUGGCAAAAAACCAGCUGAAAGCGAUUAUUGGAUUAGCUUAAUUAAUGACUUUUUGAAAGACUACAAUCACACUGAGGGAACCCCAAAGAAACACUGUGACUACAGCCAAACCCAUAGACCCACAGAUGUGUGUUUGGUUGAUACGGCAGCAUUUGGAAGCUGCUCACCGGAUAAAAACUAUGGCUAUAAAUCAAAUGAGCCAUGCAUAUUCCUAAAGCUGAAUAAGAUCUUCGGUUGGGUUCCUGAUGUCUACGAAUCUCCACAAAGUGGUAUGCCGCAAGAGCUGCAAAAAGUUAUCAAUGACACCAAAGUGGAAGAGCGCCAACAAAUUUGGGUUAGCUGCAACGGACACUUUGGCAAGGAUAAGGAAAAUUUCCAGAAUAUUAGCUAUUAUCCCAGCCAAGGAUUCCCCAUCUAUUACUAUCCAUAUCUGAAUCAGCCCGGUUAUCUGAGCCCCCUGGUUGCUGUUCAAUUCAAAUCACCACCCAAGGGCAUAAUGAUGGACGUGGAGUGCCGGGCCUGGGCCAAGAAUGUCAUCUACAGUGGCAGUGCACGCGAUCGCAUGGGUUCUGUGACCUUCCAGAUUAUCGUUGAUUAAGGAACAACAUCAAUUAGAAAAUCCCUCAAAAUAUCAAACCCAAUCAAACCAAACAACAGCUAUUGAUUGAAAUUUUUUGUCAACUUGUGAUCCGCAGGAACCAACCAACCAACACUAGCCAUAUAUGUAUAUAGAGAAGAUAUAUGUAUGGCAAUCGCAUCGGUUGCAAAACAGAACAAGGGAACAAUUACCUUGAUAGAGAACCCUCAUACCAUCUAACUAUGUAAAACUAAAUGAGAUCUAUGUAUGUAAUUUGAUAUAUGUAAGAGCUUACGACGCUUCUCCCGAUUUUGAAAAAUGUAUUGUAUAUAUUUAUAUUGAAAAAUGAAAAUGAAUAUGAUUAAUUGAGCGUCAAUUUGUUUUUUCGGGAUAUCUUAAUGAAACUGUAAAAGAAAACGAAAAUUGUAAUGAAAAACAUUUUAUGAAAGUUCAAAUCGUACACAUGCAAUUGUUGUUAUAGCUUUUGGCUUGUCUAAUUGCUAUAAGUUAUUAUUAUUAUUAUUAAUAUUUAAUUUAUAAUUUUUAUAAAUGAUUAUUUUUUCCCUUCCGUCACUUGUAUUUAGUUUAUAUUUAUGUAAAUGUUAUUCUGCCCAAAUAUUUCUCAUAUUUCAAAUAUUCUAGAAUUUUUUUGUUUUAUCCAUAAUUCAUUGCCCCCCCAAAAACAAAAAUUAUAAAAGGAAAGCGCUUUUUAUUUGUACAAAAAACAAAAAUAAUAAAGAAAAUACAGAUUAAAUGUUUAUAGUUAAAAACAAAAAUAAUUAAAAUAAUCAUUGGAGGAUAUGAUUGAUUUCGCUAUAAAUAUCACUAAGUAAAUAUUAUUUUGAUUUAUUAUACAAAAUACAAUAUACAAUAAAGGAAACGAAAGUAUUCACCAAGUUUGCUUUUGUGCAAUUUUCAAAAUGGCAAACAGCGACAUCAACAACCAAGAAAUUCCAUUCAUAUGCAAGCGAUUAACAAAUAAUAAUAAUAAUUUUAUCAACAAAAAAAAAACAACACACAAAAAAAAAUACAAAAAAAAACACAACAAAUGAAAUCUUGAUUUAUUUUUUAAGCUUUUACGAGAUUUACACAUGUGAAAUGAUUGAAUAAUAAUGAAAUUAAGCAAAUGAUUAGUUCGUUUUGUUGCAAGAAUAUUUAAUUAAUAAAGAAAGAAAAAUGAGUGCUAAAUAUA